GCGCAUUAGGGAGGAACGCAAUGGUGACGACGUAUUCUCAAUCAUGAUAUAUGCGGGGCUCUUCAUCUUUAUUCUCUCUGCAUGGUAUCUUACGUUCCUCUCCCAUGGAGGGAAUACGGAGCGCGAAUGGUUUAUCUAUCAUCCAACCCUGCAGAGUAUAGGGAUUGCCCUCCUCGCUAUCGGCAUCCAGACUCUCCAGCCAACCGCGACUCCUUCCUCCAAAGCCUCAGGUCUCAUGCGUCACCAAUAUUUCCAGCUCACCUGCCUCUCCCUGCUGACUCUCGGAACCGCCUCGAUAGUGCUGAACAAGUUCGCACACAGCGCUCCACACCUCAUCUCCUGGCACGCCGUCUUCGGGCUCAUCGCCUACCUCUGGCUGAUCGUCCAGAGCAGCAUAGGAGCCGCAACAGUGUGGUUCAACGGGCGCGCAUUCGGAGGUGAGACAAAGGCGAAGCGCGUGUGGAAGUAUCAUCGUCUGAGCGGGUAUAUGCUCACGUUAUGGAUGCUGACGACCGCGUGGUUGGCGGGAGAGUGGAGUGGGUGGGCGAGGAUGUAUGCAGGGGUCGGAGUGAGGGCUGUUGGGUUUGGGAUGAGCUUGGCACUGGUCGUGGUUGGGCUUGGGGGGAGGGUACGGACGGGGAAGAUGAAGGUUUGGUAGGAAUCAUUGUUGUUACUUUCGCUUCUGGCAUGAGCUACACAGAUCGUUCCUCGCUCGCUAGCUAUUCUCUUGGACAAUUGAUGGCGAU